AGGAAGGAGAGCUACGCCAUCUACGUGUACAAGGUGAUGAAGCAGGUCCACCCCGACACCGGCAUCUCCUCCAAGGCCAUGGGUAUCAUGAACUGCUUCGUGAGCGACAUCUUCGAGCGCAUCGCCGGUGAGGCCUCCCGUCUGGCUCACUACAACAAGCGCUCCACCAUCACUUCCAGGGAGAUCCAGACCGCUGUCCGCCUGCUGCUGCCCGGGGAGCUGGCGAAGCACGCCGUGUCUGAGGGCACCAAGGCCGUGACCAAGUACACCAGCUCCAAGUAAACUGCUGUGAAGUCAACUACUCAAAGGCUCUUUUAAGAGCCACCCACUACAUCUAGAGACGUGUCCUGUCAGUUAAACUAUUUAUUAUAGAAAAUGUAUACAAUUCAAAUCCUGUCACUUCAAUAACUACAUGUAGAACAGAAAAUCAGUUGUAUUUUAAUGUAACCUGCCGUUUUCGUGCUUUCCCAUCUGUAAAUACCACGUGUGCAACCAGGUUCUUGUCCUACGGCCAUACCACCCUGAACAUGUCUGAUCUCGAAAGCUAAGCAGGGUCGGGACGGGUCAGUACUUGUUUUGGAGAGCGCCUGGGAAUACCCGGUGCUGUAAACUUUUCAUUCUUUCAUCAGCAGUGGGUGCUGCUGCCUCUUCAGUGGCGACACAGCUGACAACAGUU